GUGGUGGAUGGAUGGAUGGAUGGAUGGAUGGAGUGUUGAGGCUGGGCUGGCCUGAGCUGAAAAGAACAAAAGAAAGAAAAGGUGAAACGUCUGGGGGACGUGCACAUGUACAUAAUUUUUUUUUUGCUUUGCUUUCACGUUUGGCCGUUGGUGGGCGCCAUAGGCUAUCUACUCUCUACAUUUUAUUUCCCCCACCCCUGAUCCGCAUGUCAUGUAUAACUCACCGUCUGAUAACCAACCGAGACCUUUUUGCCCAUUCAAUUCCUAUUCCUCUCCGUAUUGUUCUGUUUCGACUAGCCUGCAGCAAAAGCGCAGAAGGGUGUUUGCUAGUGCAUGUCAUGGUGUGCGCCCUACACAGUACACGGGCAACGUGGGCGAAGAGAACAAGCUAUAAUCAAUAG